AUGGCGGCGCUGAGACUGGCGAUCGGCUCCGCUGGCAGGCGGUCGGGUGUGCUGGCCUUGUUGGGCAGGCCUGCGGGGGGGGCUCUGGAGGUGUGCCCCCUUCUGGCCGGGCAUGUGCGCCAGUCGAGCGCCGUGUCGGCCAGGAGAGGGGGCGUCACAGCGAGCAAGGCCGAGGACUUCUCGUCCUGGUACACGCAGGUCAUCACGAAGUCCGAGAUGAUCGAGUACUACGACAUAAGCGGCUGCUACAUUCUGAGACCGUGGGCUUUCUCCAUUUGGGAGAAAAUCACCGAGGAGCUCGACCUGCGGAUAAAGAGAGAGGGUGUCCAGAACGCCUAUUUUCCUUGCUUUGUGAGCCAAGACGCGCUCGAGGCAGAGAGGAGUCACGUGGAAGGCUUUGCUCCGGAGGUCGCGUGGGUGACGCGCUCGGGCACCUCGGACUUCAAGAGCCUGUUGGCCAUUGCCGUGCGUCCCACGAGCGAGACCAUCAUGUAUCCUGCAUUUGCCAAGUGGAUCCGGUCUCACCGUGAUCUGCCGCUGAAGCUCAACCAGUGGUCGAACAUUGUCCGCUGGGAGUUCAAGCAACCCACUCCGUUCCUGCGGACCAGGGAGUUCUUGUGGCAAGAAGGGCACACGGCGCACGCGACGCGGGAAGAGGCGGAGGACACGGUUGCCACGAUGCUGGACCAUUACGCCGAGGUUUACGAGCAGUUGCUCGCGGUCCCUGUUGUCAAAGGCAGGAAGUCGGAGUCAGAGAAGUUUGCCGGCGGCCAGAGCACGCUGACCUUGGAGGCGUUUAUACCAACGUCCGGCAGGGGCAUCCAGGCUGCAACCUCGCAUCACCUGGGCACGAAUUUCGCGAGCAUGUUCGACAUCUCAUACGAGGACGCGAUGGGCCAGCGGAAGUUGGUGGAGCAGACGUCCUGGGGCUUCACCACCCGUGCGCUCGGCAUAAUGGUGAUGGUGCACGGCGAUGACCGCGGCUUGGUCCUGCCUCCGCGCGUCGCGCAGCUCCAGGCCGUCAUCGUCCCCAUCUACCCAAAGGGGAAGAACGGCAAUGCCUCCAUCGAUGCGAGGUGCCAGGAUCUCCGAGACAGCCUGCGCGCGGCGGGCGUGCGCGCCGACGCGGACCUGCGCGCGAACCACUCCUCGGGGUGGAAGUUCCACUGGUGGGAGCUGAAGGGCACGCCGCUGAGGAUCGAGCUGGGGCCGAGGGACCUGGAGCGGGGCACCUGCCGGGUGGUCCGCCGCGACAGCGGGGAGGGCACCGACCUGCCGCAGGCGGACCUCGGGCCCGCGGUGCAGGCGGAGCUGGGGCGGAUGCACGCGGACAUGCUCGGCAGGGCCACGCGGGAGCGCGACGGCGCCAUCGCCAGGGUCACCGAGUGGGGCGAGGUCGCGGGCGCGCUGAGCGCCAAGAAGCUGGUGCUGGCGCCCUGGGGCGAGAGCGCGGUGUCGGAGGAGGCGAUCAAGGAGGCCACGCGUGGGGAGCUCGGCGCCCCCUCGGCGCCCGGCGAGCUGACCGGGGCCAUGAAGAGCCUGUGCAUUCCCCUGGAGCAGCCCCACCUGCCGCCAGGGACCCGCUGCUUCUGGACCGGGGAGCCCGCGCGCCGCUGGUGCCUGUUCGGCAGGAGUUACUAG